GCUUUUUCUCCACCAUCUUUUCCAGUUUGUUUGGGACUAGAGAGAUGAGGAUUCUCAUCCUGGGGCUGGACGGAGCAGGAAAAACAACCAUUCUCUACAGGUUACAAGUUGGAGAAGUUGUUACCACCAUUCCGACCAUUGGCUUCAAUGUUGAGACAGUGACAUACAAGAACCUGAAAUUUCAAGUUUGGGACUUGGGAGGACAGACAAGCAUAAGGCCAUACUGGCGCUGUUACUAUUCCAAUACCGAUGCAGUCAUUUAUGUGGUGGACAGCUGUGAUCGAGACAGAAUUGGCACUUCAAAAUCAGAGCUCGUUGCUAUGUUGGAGGAGCUGAAGAAAGCCAUUUUGGUGGUGUUUGCAAAUAAGCAGGACAUGGAACAGGCCAUGACUCCCACAGAAAUGGCAAACGCACUUGGCUUACCAGCUUUGAAGGACCGAAAAUGGCAGAUAUUCAAAACCUCUGCAACUAAAGGCACGGGGCUUGAUGAAGCAAUGGAAUGGUUGGUGGAGGCCUUGAAGAGCAGGCAGUGACGGAGCUGACCAUGGUAAAGAAGUUUCAGCUCUAUCCACCAUCCCUCUUUCUGCAGUCAAGUGUGUUCAGGCCACCAGUACUUGUAAAUAGGACAGAUCUGAGUUUUGACUCCUGCAACGUGGAUGCCUCUCUUGAAUUGUAAAACUGAACCAUGUGAACGUCUGUGUACAUUACGAUAUUCCAUUUCUUUCCUUCUGUUUAAAGGAUGUACGUUUAUUUGUAUGAAAGUCGUACUGGCUAGGAAAGGGUUUUUUUGUUGCCCCCAUCUCCCCCUGUGGUGGUUUAAAGUUUGAACGGCUACUAUAUUUGUGUAAUUAAAACACUAAUAAAAUUUGGAACUGUCAGCCGUACUCAUAGGCGCCGUGCUUGCUUACAGAAACAAGGCCAGCUUCUGCCAGUUCUAACAGCCACGUAAGCUGGACGUUGUGAGGGUGAUGUUACACCUCACAGUUCUUCAGUGGAGAUGGAUAGGAUGUCACAGGAAAGCACAGCUACAGCGAUGAAUGCUGUACCUCCAGCUGCUAACAGGGCAUUGGUCUCCUGAAAUGAAAAUAAAUACCUUCAACAGCCACCUACUGCCCUGUAAUUUGGGAUUUCACUUCCCAGGGCCUGAGCUCUUAUUCCCCUACCUUCAGCCAAGCCAGAAAGGGCAGUUAAGUUGCUUGGUACAGCUGCAGAAACUGGAAGACAAAUCCAAGGUGGGAGGCAGGUGGUUUUCUCUCCAGGAGCUAGGAUGUUCACAGGCAUGAACACAGUCAUCAUGUAAUCCAUCUUUUAAAAAUGAGGUAAAAUUUAAUACAAAAAAAUCAUGGUGGUUGUCCAUUCAACUGUACAUGCUCUGGUAAAUAUACAGGUUUGGAAAAAAAUUGAGAAUCUUUUAUUUAAGAUCCUAGAUG